AAUUACGUUCUCCUUUAGCGACCUUUCUUCCCCUAUCCUUUAAUUAAAAAUAAAAAAGGACAAUCCUUUAAAAAAUUAAAAAUAAAAAGACCAUAAAAAAAUUAGAGAGAAAGGAGGAAAAGGGCGGAGGAAGGUAGUUGGGAAAAUUGCAAUGGUCUAGGGUUCUGAUGAGACUCAUCCAAUUCCAAUCUCCAUAUUAUCAAGUGUGUCUAUAUACAUAGCAUCGGUGAAAAAUAAAUAAAUCCCUACAUAUAUCAUAUGUAUGAAUGCAUGUAUAGAUGUACUCCAGCAAUCUCAAGGGUUUUAUUCUGGCGAUGGUCUCCAGCGCCUUCAUUGGUUCCAGCUUCAUCAUCAAGAAAAAGGGUCUCCGAAAGGCCGGAGUCAACGGCCCCCGUGCUAGUUCUGGUGGAUAUGGCUACUUGUUGGAGCCACUCUGGUGGGUUGGCAUGCUUACUAUGAUUAUUGGGGAGAUUGCCAAUUUUGUUGCAUAUAUCUAUGCACCUGCUGUUUUGGUAACGCCACUUGGUGCAUUGAGUAUCAUUGUUAGUGCUGUUUUAGCGCAUUUCAUGUUAAAGGAGAAACUACAGAAAAUGGGAAUGUUGGGAUGUCUUUUGUGCAUAGUAGGUUCCACAGUAAUUGUGCUUCAUGCACCUGAGGAGCGUUCUAUUAGUUCAAUUGAAGAAAUUUGGGAAUUAGCUACCCAACCAGCCUUUCUUUUGUAUACAGCUUCAGCAGUAGCUACUGCGUUGGUACUAAUUUUCUAUUGUGCACCCCGUUAUGGUCAAACUAACAUAAUGGUGUAUAUUGGAAUAUGCUCAGUAAUUGGAUCAUUGACGGUAAUGAGCAUAAAAGCCAUUGGUAUUGCAAUAAAACUAACAUUGGAGGGCACCAAUCAGGCCAAAUACUUUCAAACAUGGAUCUUUGCAAUGGUUGCAAUUACUUGUAUCAUCACUCAAUUAAAUUAUCUAAACAUGACUAGAAGGACCUUCAUAGAUCCGCUUAUGGAAACUUCCCCUAUCGACUCAGUGUCUUCGUCGAUGGAUCCACCUUGAGACACUAUGGCUGAAGAUGUAUUGAUUGCUCUAUGGAAAGAUUCAGGAUAGCGUAAGGCUAUGCAGGAUGAGAUGAUGGCCCUAAAGGCCAAUCAUACAUGGGACUUGGUUUCCUUGCUAUAAGGGAAGCAAGCUGUUGGGUGCAAGUGGGUUUACACCUCAAAAUUGAAUCCUGAUGGUUCAUUGGCUAGAUUAUAGGCAAGACUAGUAGCAAAGGGAUAUGCACAAACAUAUGGAGUAGAUUAUUUUGAUACCUUUUCACCAGUGGCAAAAAUGACAUCUAUUCGCCUAUUUCUUAGUUUUGCUACUACACAUAAAUGGGCAUUACAUCAAUUGGAUGUGAAGAAUGCUUUCCUACAUGGUGACUUGUCUAAGGAGGUAUAUAUGGAGUAACGACCAGGGUUUGUUGCUGAAGGGGAGUUUGGGAAGGUUUGUCGUUUGCGUGGUCUCUCUAUGGUCUAAAGCAAUCUCUACGCACAUGGUUUGGCAAAUUUAGUGUAGCUUUUGUUCAAUAUGGUAUGCAAUAGAGUGAAAAGGAUCAUUUAGUAUUUUAUAUGUGGCAAAGUUCAGGCCUUAUAUUAUUGGGAGUGUAUGUAGAUAUCAUCAUCACUAGCAAUGAUAGUGUAGAGAUUGACAGAGUUGAGGUGUAUCUUAAGUCCCAGUUUGAGACCAAGGAUCUUGGUUGAUUGAAAUAUUUUAUGGGUAUUGAAGUGGCAAGGUGUAAAAGGGAAAUCUUUGUAGCUCAGAGGAAGUAUGUGCCGGAUAUCUUAAGAGAUGCAGGCUUGUUCCAUGCCAAGCCAAGUGACACAUCGAUGGAUCCAGGUAUCAAGCUGUCCCCAUAAGAUGGUAUUUUACUUGAUGAUCUCACACCUUAUAGGAGACUAGUGGGAAAACUGAAUUACUUGACCAUGAUGAGACUUGAUAUAUCUUUUCCAGUGAGUGUGGCAAGUCAAUUCAUGGUAGUGCCUAGAGAUACUCACUGGAGAGCAGCAAUGUGCAUCCUCCGAUGUUUGUUGAAAAAUCCUAGAAAGGGACAGUGCUACUAGUGAUAGGGGCAUUCAAGCCUAUGUAGAUGCAGAUUAGUCAUACUCUCCCAUAGGUAGGAAGUCUACAUCUGGUUAUGCUAUAUUCAUUGGGAGUAAUCUGGUGUCCUAGAAGAACAAGAAGGAGCAAGUAGUUAUUAGGUCUAGCGUAGAAGUAGAGUAUAGAGCCAUGGCUUUGGCUCAACAGAGGUACUAUGGAUGGUUCAAUUCUUAGAUGAAAUUGGGCUUUUAGUUCGGACCCCUACAAAGUUAUGGUGUGAUAUUCAAGUGGUGAUUCAUAUUGCUUCCAAUCCACUAUUUCAUGAAAGAACCAAGCAUAUAAAAGUUGAUUGAAAUUUCAUUAGGGUAAAGUUGCAGAGUGGAACAAUAUUAUUGAAGCAUGUGUGCAUAGGGGAACAACUAGCCGAUAUUCUUACGAAAUCACUUCCAGGAGUUCAAGUUGACUAUAUAUGUAACAAGCUGAGCAUGAUUGAUAUAUAUACUCCAGCUUGAGGGGGAGUGUUAGUGUAUGCUUGUGUGUGAGUUGGAAUAUUAUGGGAAUAUUCCAUGGGAGACAGUUUAGGAGGGAUUAAUUGAGAACAUUAAUGUGUAAUUUGUAAUUAAUUCUCUUUCCUUAGUAUUGUCUAUAUAAUGAAAGGCUAAUCCAAGAGAUUAGCAAGUUGUUCUCUAAAGCCUUAAUUCUAAGCAUAAGCAUUCUUCCUUGCCCUCACUAUUCCAUGGAGGAGGAAACAAACUGCUGUUUAAGCAGAUGAACAUUUAAUUUGAAAUUGGAAACAACAUUAAGAACUGAUCACGAGAUGCUUAUCUAAUUGAUGAGACCUUGUACUAUAAUUUUAGGGAGAGAUGAAGGCUUAUAUUGCCUUCUGUUAGAAUCUUAAGUUUCCCUAUUAGAUUAUACUAUAUUGUUUAUGUUAUCAUCUUUAAAUUGUUAAAAAAAGAACUAAACUCCUUUAACACUAUGCAUGGUACAUUAUUCAAGGAGAGUAAUAAAGGGAUAUGUACAUUAUUCUUAAGCUUCCAACAACCAUCAAAAAGAUGAUAUGUACACAAAUCAAUUAAAGUAAGCAGCCUGGGUAUUUUGCUAGUUUUUGCUUUUAGUUUCAUCACUCUGAUAUGGAUACUUUAAUGGAUUGGAUCAUUAUGUGAUAAAGUCUUUUACCCAACUGAGCAACUUCUUACCGUGCCUUUAGAAUUUAGCUUUCUAUUUAAAAUUGUCAGAUAUCUGGUUUCUUAGGGUGCCAUAAAGUGGUUGAUCUGUUUGAAUUGUUGACUUUGGCAUGCAUUUGUUAUAGGGAGAAGGUAAAUUUACUAUUGUGCAUAGACUUCAAUUGUUUCUUUUUAUGGAAUUGGUUGGGUUCAGCUAGUUUUAGCCUUAUAGGUAUAUCCCUUUUCGACAUACUUCAAAGAUUCCUGUUCUCAUACUUCUCUUUUGUUUUUGUUUUUGCUUUUUCUAUCACUAUUGCAGGCCCAAACUUUUUGUUUGUAUAAUGCUUAACUGUGUUGCUUGGGAUUGAAAUUGAAAAUAUUUGGAGAAGAUAGUCAAUCCUGAUUUUUUUAAUGUUAAAGAUCAAUUUCAUGUGAAUUAUUAAUGAAGUCUAUUCUUGAAUUGCAGUUCCAAAUUAUUGCAAAUUUAUGUAAUGCUUUGAUGUGG